GUUGGGCAUACACCCAGAGACAACGCGGAGCACUUGAUUGUACAACUUGGCUAAACAGCCAAGUUACACAUGCGGCUGUUUGGUGUUUCAAUUAUACGAGCCUGUCGCGACAACAGCUGUGAUCAACAGGCAACAGAGUGCCACGCGUGUUUGCAGUGAUAAUAGUGAAAUCAAAUCACGCCGCGGCUAAAGUGGAUCAGUGAUCGCCGGACAGUGCCAGGACGUCCCCGUGAGCCGCGCGCCGCCGCCUCAGCAGCGCCAUGAUGCACUCCGGAGGCACCAUGAACAACACCGCCAUGGCCAGCUACCCGAUGCAGAACAACAUGCACAUGUCCUACCCGCAGCCGCAGAGUCUGCAGAGCUACAACAGCAUGGGCGGCAUGGCCGUCAACGGCAACUACCCGCCGCCUGCCUCGAUGGCGAGUAUGACAUCGUUCAGCAGCAUGGCCCCCGCCCAGCAGAUCGGUAUGAACAGUUCGUGUAUGACGGGUCUGGGCGGCGUCGGCGGCCUGGCGCCGAGCCUGAGUCCGUACAGCCGCGAGCUGACCGGGUCACCACACUCGCCGGUCGGCAGUGCCCUGCAGAGAGCGCGCAACGACAAGACGUACCGGCGCAGCUACACGCACGCCAAGCCGCCCUACAGCUACAUCAGCCUCAUCACCAUGGCCAUCCAGAACUCGCCGCAGAAGAUGCUGACGCUGAGCGAGAUCUACCAGUUCAUCAUGGACCUGUUCCCGUUCUACCGGCAGAACCAGCAGCGCUGGCAGAACUCGAUCCGCCACUCGCUAUCGUUCAACGACUGCUUUCUCAAGGUAAAUGUGCCGCGGACACCGGACAAGCCCGGCAAGGGCAGCUUCUGGGCGCUGCACCCCGAGUCGGGCAACAUGUUCGAGAACGGCUGCUACCUGCGCCGCCAGAAGCGCUUCAAGGACGAGAAGAAGGAGGCGGUACGGCAGGCGGCGCGCGCCAUCACCCACUCGGGGGAGGCCGCGCCGGGCUCGCGCUCCAAGAAGGAGCGAGCUGAGGUGAAGAAGGAAGCGGCGGCGGCGGUGGGCGCGGGCGCGGCGGCCGGCGGGGGGCCUCCGGUCAGCGGCGGCGGCCCACUGACCCCGUCCGUGUCCUCGCCGCUGGGCAGCACGGCCCCUCCGUCCUGUCAAACCACACACACCGCGCACCUGGAGCCGGCCCCCAAACUGGAGCCAGCACCAGCUGGUGAGGAGGCGCACCACCAGCACCCGGGGCAGCACCAGCACCAGCUGACCGACUACUACGGCGGACCGCCGCCGCCGCUGCCGCCCCACCUCAAACAGGACCCCUACAAGGACGUCUACAAGGACCCGCACUACAACCCCUUCUCGAUAAACAAUAUCAUGGCUAACGAGAACAAGGGCGCGCCGGCGGACAAGUUUGUGUACGACCUACCGACGCAGUACGGCGGGUACGGCAUGGCCUACGCGCCGCCGUCCAGUCUGCCGCCGGAGCCCUACUACUACCAGCCGCUCCACUCAUCCAACGCUCUUCUGUGAUCGGAGCAGCUGCGGCCCUGAACCUCCCCUUCCCCCCCCCCCGCGCCUAGUGUCGGGCGACCGCCAGCGCGCCGGGCGUGCGUGCGUGCGAGCGUGUGUUGUUACAGUGGCCGAGAGGGCGCCUGGGUCAGUGUGUUGUUAUUACUGUUGUGAUGUGCUUUUCCCGGCCCGUGCAGCGGCAACGUGCGCCGGCAGGACCGGCCGUGGGGUGCCGAAGGCCAGUGACCCGAGCUGGUGAAGUGGUCAUUGGGGGAUAUCUGGGUCACACGAGGUCAGUAUCUUGAAGAUGUGGUCACAAAACCAGCACACUGUCUCAUGCCUUCAGCGGGAAGGAGCAGCCGGUGCCGCUCCGUCCUGACUGCAACCCGUGCAGCUGGGUGUGACCUCGACCCUGACCUGACCUGACCUCAGGCGCCCGCCGCCGUCCCGGUCAGGUCAGGGCCUGCCGACCAAGCCUCCGCACCGAAGAGGCAGUGUGAUCGAAAUGUUCGUGCUUUGCUUAGGGUAGUGGAUGGUAACGUUGAUCGCCGGGUGCUACCUCUGAGGUCACAGAGGUCACUGGGGUCACCCGGGUCACCGCAGAGGUCAGAGGUCAGUGGAAGGCCGCUAGGUACAAGCUAGGGCUCUGGAAACACCAGAGCUGAGUAUUACUGUGACACAUAUCUUAGUUGUCGAUGCUUUUUAUUGUGCCAACGCAGCAGAGGAGCAUUGGAAUGCUUUUGCAGCCGUGUAGAAUAAGUUUCUUGUGUGAGUUUUAACUUGUUUGAAUUUUAUCAGAGGAAGGUUUGGCCGUUGGUUUUGGCCUUUUCUCGAACCCGAACAAUACAUUCCAGUAUCAUACCAACUUCAGUAUUGCCAUUUUGGAUUGUGUUUCUGUUAUGUACUUUGACGCCAUUUCAUGUUGCAUAUGAUUUUAUAUCGCAGUGUUUUUAUUUUGUACACCAAACUUUGCUACAUGUCAAUGUUUUUUUGCAGCUUAUGCCUUCUAAUAACUACUUAAUUGUGUGAAUAUGUGUUGGUAAAUUUUACAUAUAUGAAGUGCGACUGUCGUCCAAUCAAGAAUAAAAUAUUAAUAAAAGUA